GGAACUCAUGUUGCUUUAAGGCUGUAGGAGCACACGCAGGAUUUUAACCCUUUGUCACUUGUGUCUACAGAGAGCCACAAGUGGGAAAAGAUCUGAGGGGGCCCAGCAUCUUUCUGCCAGCUGCUGAUGUGCGUGGAAGGGAGGACAGCUUGACAUCAUGAGUGACCGCUUCGACUGCAAAAACUGCGCAGAGUCCUUGUAUGGACGCAAGUACAUCCAGGUGGAGGACAACCCUCACUGCAUCCCCUGCUAUGACCGCCUGUACGCCAACACCUGUCAGGAGUGUAAAGAAAUCAUCAGUCACAAUGCCAAGGAGCUCUUCUACAACAACAAAUACUACCACGACCACUGCUUCCGCUGCGUGCGCUGUGAUCGCUCCCUGGCCGGCGAGCCCUUCACCAGCCAGGACGACGCACUAGUCUGCAGCGAGUGCUACGGCAACGAGUUCUCUGCCAAGUGUGUGGCCUGCGACAAGAAAGUCAUGCCUGGCUGCAAGCUGCUGGAGUACGGGGGCUCCAGCUGGCACGAGCAGUGUUUCCUGUGUCACGGAUGCCAGAAGCCCAUGGGCGGCGAGGCCUUCUUCCCAGACAACAACAACUUCUACUGCAUGCCGUGCUAUGAGGGCAGGCUGGCCCCCCGCUGCAGCUGCUGCAAAAAGGCUCUGACUAAAGGAGGGGUGACCUACAGGGACGAGGUGUGGCACAAAGAGUGUUUCCUCUGCACGGGAUGCCAAACCCCUCUGGCCGGGCAACCUUUCACCUCGGAGGGGGAGAAGCCCUUCUGCGUCAAGUGCUUCAGCAGCCUCUACGCCAAGAAAUGCGCCGGCUGCAACACGGCCAUCACAGGUUUCGGGGACGGCAAGUACGUCUCCUUCGAGGAGCGGCAGUGGCACCAGCCCUGCUUCAAGUGCUCCCGCUGCUCCGUCUCGCUGAUCGGCUCCGGCUUCUUCCCAGACCGGGACCAGAUUCUGUGUACAGACUGCAACAAUGACGACUGAGACGCCGCAAAACUUUGCCAAAAAACAUCCCUCCUCAUAGCUAAGUACGCCAUUUACCGGCUUGAAGAUCAAAAAGGUGUCUUCACUGUAGAAUGGAGUAGUUGUUGAAAUAAACAACAAUUACUUUUGAUAUUUGAACUAAAUAUAGUAAACGCGUCCACCAAACAGCAUUAAAGACCUACUGAAAGCCACUACUAGCCACCACGCAGUCUGAUAGUUUAUAUAUCAAUGAUGAAAUAUUAACAUUGCAACACAUGCAAUACGGCCGCUUUACUUUACUAAAUUGCAGAAGUGUCCUGUUGUAAACGUUGCAGUAUGAUGACUCGUAUGAUGAAGCGUGCGCGUGACGUCUCGGGUUGUAGCGGACAUUUUUUUCCAGCCCGAUCCCAGCUAUAAGUCGUCUGCUUUAAUCGCAUAAUUACACAGUAUUCUGGACAUCUGCGUUGCUGAAUCUUUUGCAAUUUGUUCAAUUAAUAAUGGAGACGUCAAAGAAGAAAGAUGUAGGUGGGAAGCGGUUUAUUGUGGCCACCUUUAGCAACACAAACACAGCCGGUGUUUCCUUGUUUACAUUCCCGAAGGUGAAGCUUUAAUAUGGAACAGAGCGGUCAAGCAAACAUGGUUCCCGACCACAUGUCAACCGGCAGGUUUCGGUGAGAAAAUUGUGGUAAUAAGUCGGCUCUUACCGUAGGCAUGAGCGGCGCUUGCGUCGUUCCUCGUGCACCUGUCAAAGAGGCAGCUGCGGACUCUCUUGCCUCCCCCGACCGACUGCCCCCGAACGUGGAAUGCUUCCACCGUGAAGGAAGGGGAAAAAAACCUCAGCCUGGCCCAACUGUCUGCCUUCGCUUCGCCUCGUCAAGAAACGUGGCUUCCCUCAGAGACACUGGCGGUCACCACACCCGUGGCCACACCCCUCCGACUUUCAGGUACCAUAUAAUCUCAUUAUAACACUAGUAACACAAUAAGAAGAUAAGGGAUUUUGCAGAAUUAUCCUAGUAAAUGUGUCUAAUAACAUCUGAAUCGCUCCCACUGCCCUGUCUUUUUUUCUUUUUCUUUUUUCUAGUCCUUCACUCUAACUUUCCUCAUCCACAAAUCUUUCAUCCUCACUCAAAUUAAUGGGGAAAUCGUCGCUUUCUCGGUCCGGAUCGCUCUCGCUGCUGGAGGCUCACAUUAUAAACAAUGUUCAGAUGUGAGGAGCUCCACAACCCGUGACGUCACACGCACAUCGUCUGCUACUUCCGGUACAGGCAAGGCUUUUUUAUUAGCGACCAAAAGUUGCGAACUCUAUCGUGGAUGUUCUCUACUUUCAUCAAAAAUAUGGCGAUAUGGCAAAAUGAUGAAGUAUGACACAUAGAAUGGAGCUGCUAUCCCCGUUUAAAUAAGAACAUCUCAUUUCAGUAGGCCUUUAACACAUGCAAAUUCCCGUUCAAUGCAAAGUAGGCUUCAAAAUAAAAGCAUGCAAACACUAUAAUGCACCCAUUUAUUUAUUAGUUUGUUUUUGGAUUGUUAGAUUGAGCUUAAUUUCAGCAUGAACAAUAACACAUAUGCAUAAUGAAUGAGAAAAGCAAUGUCAAUAAACUGUCGUAGGUUUAAAAUCCUAUGUCUCCCUUUUUUCGGACCCGUGCUCGAUACUUUUGUAGUUACAUACUUAGCAAAAAACAAUGUACUACAGUACCUUUUAUUGUGAAUACGCCCCAAAAUUUGUAGAUUUCGGAUUUUAGGAAAACAUUGAGUAUAAAUUGUACAAAUCUUAUCUGGACUAUUAUGUGGCGAUAUUUUAGACAUUUACCAGCUUAAAGAUCAGAAAGGAGUCGGUUCACCGUAGAAUGGAGUAGUUGUUGAAAUAAACAACAACUACUUUUGAUAUUUUGACUAAAUAUGCGUGGGUUCCCUCCGGGUACUCCAGCUUCCUCCCACUUCCAAAGACAUGCACCUGGGGAUAGGUUGAUUGGCAACACUAAAUGGUCCCUAGUGUGUGAAUGUGAGUGUGAAUGUUGUCUGUCUAUCUGUGUUGGCCCUGUGAUGAGGUGGCGACUUGUCCAGGGUGUACCCCGCCUUCCGCCCGAUUGUAGCUGAGAUAGGCGCCAGCGCCCCCCGCGACCCCAAAAGGGAAUAAGCGGUAGAAAAUGGAUGGAUGGAUAGUAAAUGUGUCCAACAAACAGCAUUAAAACAUGCAACUUCCCGUUCAAUGCAAAGUAAGCUUCAAAAUAAAAGAUUGCAAACACUACAACGCACCCAUUUAUUUAUCAGUUUGUUUUUGGAUUGUUAGAUUGAGCUUAAUUGUAGCAAGAACAAUAACACAUAUGCAUGACAAAUGAGAAAAAGGAUGUCAAUAAACUGUCGUAGGUUAAAAUUC